AUGCUGGCGAUAGAUCCAGGCUUCGGUGUGGAGCUGCAAUCGGGCAGUCUGAAGACGGAGUUCAGUGUGAAAUGUUUCGGAAUAAUGCAGCCGCUGCUGCAGGAUAUAGCUAUAAAAAAGGAGAAAAUUGAUCGAUGUGAUGCGGUUGUUCAAGGCAGAGACGACAAAUUGGCAGAGCUGCAGGGCAAAUACGAUCAAGUGCAAACGCAGCUGGCUGUGGCCGAGACCGCGGUGAGAGAGAAGGAGCGUCAGAUAGUGCAGCAGCAGGAUCUGUGCAACUCCCACAAAAAUAACAGCAAUGUCAAGGAUGAACUCAUUGCGGCCUACAGGCUGCACGUCAAGGACAAAGCCUCGGAGAUCGAUCAGCUGCAGCGGGAACUCAAGGCGCAAGCGAAGCUCCUCAGCAACUGCAGCGCUGAGUCUAAGCAAAAGGAUGCUCGCAUAGAGCAGCUAGAACAGGGAUUGGCUGAAACGAGUCAGUUAACACGCGAGGAAGCCGCUCGAAACAUGACUCAAAGCGCGGAACAAAUUCAGCAGCUGCUGUCCGAGGCAAGGCAGCACAAGGAUCAGCUCGACAGCCUGAAGGCGCAGCUGCGAAACAAAGAGGAGCACCUCGAGAAGCUGCAGUCGGAAAUUGGGUGGACCAAGGAGCUGCAAGAUAAACUGAAGAAUCGAGAGGAGCAAAUCGAGAAGCUUGAAGUGGAAUUGGCAAAGAAACUGGAGCAACGAGACGCCUUCAGUCUGCAGUUGAAUGCGAGCGAGCUGCUGAACGAGCAAAAGAUGGCGGAAGCGAAUAGCUUGAGGUCGGAAUUGAAUCAAAUGCAGCUGCAGCUAUCGGAGUAUAAGAUCCAAAUCGAUAGGUUGCAAUCGACAAAUUGUUAUUGGUUUGGCAACUCGUCUGCAGUACACCAGAUACGUGCGCCUGGCAUCAAGCCAUUCGAUGUGCUCUGCGACUCGGAGCUGGCCGGGCCCGGCUGGACCGUGAUACAGCGUCGCUUCGAUGGCAGUGAGAAUUUCUAUCGAAACUGGACUGAAUAUCGCAACGGCUUUGGCGAUCUGCACGGCGAGUUCUUUAUCGGCAUGGAGAAGCUCUACCGACUCACGCUGGCCCAGUCCAGCGAACUCUAUGUCCAUUUGGAGAGCUUCGACGGAAGCGUCUACUAUGCUAGAUAUUCCGACUUCAGCAUCGGCAGCGAGAGCGAGUCCUAUAACCUGAAACUGCUGGGCACCUACUCAGGCAACGCUGGCGACGGUCUGUACUAUGCCAAAUAUCGGAAGUUCUCCACCUUCGAUGUGGAUAAUGACAGAUCUGACGAUAACUGCGGCAUACUGAGGCACGGCGCCUGGUGGUACGACCGAUGCGGUCUCAGAGUCAUGCCGCUGCAACAACUGCGACGGCUGCCAUUUACGGUAACGGAUCUUUGGCAAAUUCCUUGGACAAACUCAACAGACUCCGACUCUGACUCCAGCACCGACGCCGACUCCAACACUGACUCCAAGUCUAAGGAGUUCGUAGUCGCGGUCCUUUUGUAUGUGCAUUGGCUUGGAUUUUUUGGCGCUGCAUCGAAAAUUUAUUGCGCCGCUGCGCCGUGUUGCGUGUCCGCACAGUCGCAGACGAUGGCUGCGGACAAAGACAAAGACAAAGACAAGGACAAGGACGAAGACAUCCAGCCCAGCGGGUUGCAUGUCCUGCCCGGCCCGGCUCGGCACGUCGCCAGCUCGUUGGCCCGCCUGCAGCCUGGGGAUCCCUUACACAAGUAUCCCCUGGACAAGGAUCCCUCGGCCAAGUAUGCCUCGGACAAGAAUCCCUCGGACAAGGAUCCCUCGGACAAGAAUCCCUCGCACAAAGAUCCCUCGGAUAAGGAUCCCUCAGAUAAGAAUCCUUCGGACAGGGAUGCCUCGGAGAACGAUCCCUCAGAUAAGGAUCCCUCGGCCAAGGAUCCCUCGGCCAAGGAUCCCUCGGACAAGAAUCCCUCGGACAAGGAUCCCUCGGAUAUGGAUCCCUCGGAUAAGGAUCCUUCGGACAGGGAUGCCUCGGAGAACGAUCCCUCAAUACAAGGAUCCCUCAGAUAA